CACAGCUAGCUCGUGAAUAAUGUGUACAUAAUACAGGCAGUGGCGAGGAGCUGGUUGGUCGCUGGUCAAGCAUAAUGCGGAGACCAUCCAUGUAUGCCAGCGCCGCGCUGCAGAAGGCCCUUGCAAAGAUUGUCAUCGUCAUCCUAGAAUACCGUAAAUCGAUUCUAGCUGGAAUGGAAAUGGUGGUGACACUGUUGGUGGGAUGGCGUAUUAACAAUUAAUGCACGGCGGGAGCUAUCUAGGGGGUUCGGUUCGGUUCGGUUCGUGUCGAUCAGGUAGGAACGAGAGCUGGAAUCAUUUUUGGGCAUGUACACCGGGAGAUCUAGAUAGAUAGAUAGAUAGAUAGAUCGAUAGAGAGAGUCGUGUGUCAGAGCGGGAGUCCGAUGUGGCGUGAUCAUCUGGUGAGAAGGAAUCGGAUGCGAACAUUAUAAGUUUAUUUUCGGUCUGCUGGGGGAGCAGACUAUACACAGUGCCGAUGCUGCUGUGGAUGGGACUGGUCGUGAUGAAUAAAGGGGGGCUUGUUGGGGGUUGAGUCAAGGUGCCGAGGUAGAAGGUGGUGGGCGUUGAGAAGCGGUUGAGAAGUGAGAGCCCGGAUUUUGAUGAAGGGAGGAACCAGUGGUGAAUGGUGCUUUCUGGUCCGGGAGGGGCAACGUCGACCUGAUUAAAAUUGUCGGGAGUGAUCGCAUUCGUUUUGGGCCUCCGUUCGUCGAUUUUGAGUAAAAAUAAUAUUGAGCGUUGAGUACUGGAUUUUAUUUCUUUCGUGGAGCUAUGGCGCAGAAGCACUGCUUGCUGCAAUGCUCUUCUGGGGGUGGUGUGAUUGCCAUCUCCGAUCCUGGGAGGCGAGUAGGGGGUUUAUCACGGGGUUCGGGGAUGUUGGUCGAGAGGACUUGGGUCAUCCCGAGUUACACCGUGGGUGCUGCACCCAAAUCGGUGCGAUUGUCUCCUGGUAGUUCUUCUGUCUACCGCCACGCUAGGCUGCGGUGCGAGGCAGGGAGUCUUUCUGAGCCCUCGACAUCGUAUGCCUCUGCAGACAAUGACAGCAUGGGCAACGUCGCAGUAAUUGUGGCGAACCAUGAGGGAGCUGGUCUGCAGCAGCUGGAGCACGCAUGGGUGGAGCGUGCUGAAACAGUGCAGGAGAAUCAGAAUGGGAGAAGUGCUGUGGCGCAAGGGGGAGAUAGCACCAAUGGUGCCAACCAUUCGUCGAGUGGUGAUUCAAAGGAAAAGCCCUCAGCGUCGAAUGAUACAGACGGGUCUUCCUCUGGCGGUCACGUGAAGCCAGCAGACACAAGCAAGACCGGAAUGAAAUGGAACAUGCUGCUAAGCACGGAGGCUCUAGAGGACGCACAUCUUUUCCGCGCCUCCAGCGUCACGGACGCACAUGUCCUGCGCCGAAAGGGGCGACUCAAAGAGCAGGACGGGCUUAUCGAGUUCAUCAUCUCUAUGCACCACACGCACUCGCCCUUCCAGGUGAUGGAGAAGGUGGAGCGCUGGGUGCGUGAGCAUGUCGCGGACCCCAACCGGUCUACGCUCAACCGGUUAAUACCACACAUGGGACCUCGAUUCCACACUCCCUUGCCCCUCGUGCGUGCUCUGCACGAAUAUGACGAAUUCGCCUCCCUCUCUCGGCGCAAGUAUGUGCCCCCUAAUUUUGCCGAGGUCCGCCAUGUGCUGAACAUUGCCCAGGUGCAUUCGAUCGCCGAGAAGCUUCAGCUUAUCACGUUCGACGCCGACGGGACAAUUUAUGCCGACGGGCACCACAUCCGCGGGGACAACAAGAUGAUAGGCCAUAUCAUCAAGCUCAUGCGGGAGGGCAUAAACGUCGCCAUCGUAACUGCAGCUGGGUACCCCGGCAACGCGGAGAAGUUCGAGAAUCGCCUUGCGGGACUCCUGGAAGCCUUCAAGGAGCUCGAGCUUCCCCCUACCAUCACAAAGCUCUUCCAUGUAAUGGGGGGCGAGUGCAACUACCUCCUGGGCGUUAAUCCGGAGACGUACAAGCUGGAAUUCAUUCCCGAUGAGCUGUGGAAAUCACCCGAUAUGCUCGCUUGGAAGGAGAGCGACAUCAAGGAGCUCCUUGAUAAUGCAGAGCGGUCUCUGAAAUCAGCUGCAGCGCGGUUGCGAGUCCCUGUAGAGAUCAUUCGCAAACCGAGAGCGGUAGGGGCUGUGCCCAAGGAUCCUACUAUCUAUGAGGUCCUGGAAGAGAUGGCGCUCACAGUCCAGGUCCAGCUCAUGCACUCUGCCCUCCCGUUCUGCGCCUUCAACGGUGGCAACGACGUCUUCGUCGAUGUGGGGAACAAAUCUGUUGGUCUGCGCGCUCUUAUGAAGUUUCUGAAUAAGAGGUGCUCUGAAACCCUGCACGUCGGAGACCGCUUCACCGUGAGCGGCAACGACAUGGCCACUCGGUCCCAAUGCUCCAUUCUCUGGGUGGCUAAUCCAGAAGAGACUGCCUUCUUUGCUCGCCUCUUGCUGCGAGACAUCCGAUUGGCCAAAAUGGAUCGGUACAUCGAGUGAUUAAUCAGUUCAACUCGCAUCGAUCAGGUAAGAGUUUUUUUUUGUACAGAACAUUAUUACAUACAGAAGUCAGCCGCGAAGCCGGUCAAUCGACCCCCGCGGACUGUUUGAAAAUUUAUCUGCUGCAAAGCCGGUCAGUCGACCCCCUCAAAUUGUGCUUUGAGAAUUUACCUACUGCGAAGCUGGUCAAACGACCCCCGCAGAUUGUGUUCGAGAGUUUUUCUGCUGCGAAGCCGGUCAGUCGACCCCCGCAGAUUGUAUUCGGGACUUUAUCUGCUGCGAAGCCGGUCAAUCGACCCCCGCAGAUUGUAUUCGAGGCUUUAUCUGCUGCGAAGCCGGUUAAUCGACCUCCGCAGACUGUGUUCGAGAAUUUAUCUGCUGCGAAGCCGGUCAAUCGACCCCCGCAGAUUGUGAAAUCGUGUUUGGUUUUCUUUGAAUAACUAGAUGUGAAUCCUGUGGUUGCGUUGUAGCGGGGAACAUAAUUGUCAUCAAUGAAGCAAGUCGGUAGAAUUAUAGUUUGGAUAAGGUAGGAUUCACAGACGAUUGUCGAAGAGUGGAAAGGAACUGCCGACUCAGUCAGCCACCCUCUAAGCGAAAGAGUUAAAUGUCAGAGCAAUCUGUACAUGUUUAUUGUAUCAUAUAUAUAUAUAUAUAUAUAAAUAUAUAUAUAUUCAUAUAUAAAUAUAAAUACAUAUGCAUAUACAUACA